GUUAGUGCGAGUUGCAUGACUUGGAGAGAAAGAAUGAGAAAAUGAGAAAAAUAACAAAGGUUUAAUUAGGGCUUUAUUGAUUUAGUACUCCGUAAUAUAAAAGCCUUCCAAUCCAUUUCUUCACAUCUUCUGAGUUUUUUGGGUUUGGAAAUCAUACAGUGUAAGAAGAAGACAAUGAAUCAUAUAAUGUCCAGAAGCAAUUCGCUUGUUAACAAGGGAGUUGGAUCCCUUGCUUACCUUACCUACUCAUCGGCUUCAAGAGCUCUCGCAACCCCUUCGUCUCCGUUGAUUCGGAGCCAAAAUACUAUUUCUUCUCCGCUUUUCGCCACCGCUGUACGCCAUUUCCGCUCCCCACGCGAUGCCAAUUAUUAUGAGAUUAUUCCGCCUGUAAAUUGGGGUAUCCGUAUCGUGCCUGAGAAGAAAGCAUAUGUGAUUGAGAGAUUUGGAAAGUAUGUGAAGACGCUUCCCUCAGGAAUCCAUUUUUUGAUCCCAUUUGUGGAUAGAAUUGCUUAUGUUCACUCCUUGAAGGAAGAGGCAAUACCCAUUCCUGAUCAGUCGGCUAUAACUAAGGAUAAUGUCAGCAUUCUCAUUGACGGUGUUCUUUAUGUCAAGAUUGUGGAUCCUAAAUUGGCAUCUUAUGGCGUGGAGAAUCCCAUCUAUGCUGUUAUUCAACUGGCUCAGACCACCAUGCGCAGUGAGCUUGGAAAGAUUACCCUUGAUAAGACGUUUGAAGAAAGGGACACUCUUAAUGAUAAGAUUGUGGAGGCUAUCAAUGUGGCCGCAAAGGACUGGGGCCUUCAGUGCCUUCGUUAUGAAAUUAGGGAUAUUUCUCCACCUCGUGGAGUGAGGGCUGCUAUGGAAAUGCAGGCAGAAGCAGAGCGUAAAAAGAGAGCUCAAAUCCUUGAAUCUGAAGGAGAAAGACAGGCCAACAUUAAUAUUGCUGAUGGUAAGAAGAAUGCUGUGAUCUUGGCAUCAGAAGCUGCAAAGAUGGAUCAGGUUAACAGAGCACUAGGUGAGGCAGAAGCCAUACUUGCUAGAGCAGAAGCAACUGCUAAAGGACUUGCCAAGGUUUCACAGUCUCUCAAGGAAAAUGGUGGUGUAGAGGCUGCAAGUUUGAGAGUUGCUGAGCAAUAUAUUCAAGCCUUCGGUAACAUUGCCAAAGAGGGGACAACAUUGUUGCUUCCGAGCACUAGUAACAAUCCUGCUAAUGUAAUUGCGCAAGUACUAACUAUGUACAAAAGCAUGCUUGGCAAUUUUUCGACUGAUACUAAUUCUUCCGGGUCUACUUCUGAGUUGAUAGAAGACAAGAAUGCUUCCUCUAGAGAAGCUAGGGAUAAACAUACAACAAUUGGAAGUACAUCCGGUGACAAAGCAAAUGGUAAACCAACAUUCUCGCUCCAGAGCCCCAACAAAAGAGAUUAGGAUACUACAGUUGGUUUGCAUUGAACGCAUCCUCGAACUGAACCACUUUUGAUUUUAGGGUUUUUGUUAGCUAUCCAUUUAUUAACAUCAGUUUGGAUUAAAAUUCCCGAAUCCUUCAAAGGGAAGGAAAGUUGAUAGAAUACAGUAAACAUUGAUAUUGAUGGCUGUUUUUUUUCUCUUGUACCAAAUUUUUUAGAGUUUCAUAUGGCGAAUGUGUGAAGUAGGUUGCCUUUUUUGUUAACUCAAUUGGCAAAUUUAGAGGGAAUCAUAAAAAUGUUAUCCAUUUAAAAUUGUGAGCAGAAUCUAUUAUUUGAAGGAAGGUGGAAAAGAUUUUUA